AUGCCUGGCCGCUGCUCACGCAUGCGUACUCUUACUGGUAAUAAUGGCGUCUCCGGAGCCUCAGCCUCGCUUCGGUCAAUCAGUUAAGGGCUUACUUUCAGAGAAAGUGAGCUGCUGCAGCGGCGAUGUGAUUGCCCUAACAAGGCAGGUGCUAAAGGGUUCCAGGAGUCAUGAGCUUCUUGGUCAAGCUGCUCGCAAUAUGGUGAUGCAGGAGGAUGCCAUACUGCAUUCUGAAGAUAGUUUAAGAAAAAUGGCAAUUAUCACAACCCAUCUUCAGUACCAGCAAGAAGCCAUUCAGAGAAAUGUUGAGCAUUCAAAAAACCUGCAGGACCAGUUGACACAUCUUUUGAAAUAGACUUAAAUGUGGAAAGUUUACAGAGUGACACAUCGAGCUGUCAGUGGUGGCUUAAUGUCUGGAAGGGGCACAACAUUCAAACAGGACAAGAUGAGUGUGUUAGAGCUUCCUGGGAAUAUAUUGCAUGUAUUCCAAAGAGCUGUGAAAAGAAGAUAAAAAUGGUUUAGGGGUCCAAAAUGUUCUGUCAAGUGGUAUCGUGACACCAGGAUGAAAAGAAUUUCCUUUAAUAUAAUGGAAUUAUAAUAGAUGUAUUUAAAUAAUGGUUGAUUCCUUCUGUUAUAUUUUAAGUUUUGGGUCAUUUUAAGGAUAUGGUAUAUUUUUUCCUUCCAGGUGAUAAUUAUCUCUUCUUCCAUAUCUGACAGAAGUCCUAAAAGCAUUUAUGCUUGAAAUAUGGAUUGGUGCAUUAUCCUAAAAACAGUUCAAAGACAAUAUUUGUUGUCCAGUUUUAUUAAAUUGUAAAAGGAACAUACUCUUUGAAAAUCUCUUUGAAAUGCUAGAUCAGGUUUGUAAUACUUAAACUUAACAGGACCCUUGCAUAACUGCUUGUGAAACAUUUGCAACCUCUCAUAAAAAUGUGUGCCGUUUUUGUCAUUCUCAGGCAUUAAUAAACAGGCACACUUUCUUAGCUUUGUGGUAUGUCCAUAGCUGGAAAGUGUUUGUUCCAGAUUAAUUUUAACAUGCAGGAUCUUUAGUGCUGGCAUCCCAUCCAUGUCCAGUUUCUAUCAGUAAGCUGAAUGUUAGACACCUCGAGACCCUUUAAUGGAUUAAUAGGAUAUGUAAAAUUAACGGAGGAAUCAAUAACUUACCAGUACAUUAUGUCAUACUCUUUAAAGAUUUGAGACUGUAUGUGUAUAUGCAGGCAUGUAUGCAUAUGUUGUAUUUAUAUAACAAAUAUUGAAAGCAUCUAAAAUUUUAUCCGUUAGUUUUAAGCAGAAGAAAUGUUAACAUUUGUUGUUUUUUAUGAAUAAAAGAAAAGGUAUUUAAAUUUAAAAAGUGCAUCUU